AUGUCUGAUCAAUCAAAGAAGGCCAAUCAGCCAAAGAAGGGCCCUAGCAAAAAAGAAGAAGCCACUCGGCCGGUGGAUGGUGAGGCUUCUGGAUCUGGGGGAAAUUCAUCUACGCAGAAUCAAUCAGCAAGCACUUACACACCGACCACAUCCGGUGGAGAAGGAAAUACUCAAGAAACACCAAAGACGCCGGAGCGCGUAAAAGCUUGGAUGCAUGAGAAGGAGGGUAGUUGGGAUCACUUGAGUCGCCAGGGAGGAAACAAUUACAAUGUUGGCGCGUCUUCGUCGGAGACAGUAUACCCCCCCGAGCUAGAUCUCUCAUCCGAUGAAGAGAACGAGAAUCAGCCUGACGACAAAGACGAAUCCAAGGGGACCGGCAAAGGCACAAACGUCUAG